GAGCUGAAAGGGAGGGAGCGUUUGCUGCUCAUUAUUACACACGGAUGUGCUGAACUGUCCGGUGACACAACCAUCCAAAAACACCCAACACGGCCCAAAGAGUGUGUCUAGAGUCAUCAGAGACGGUGGAGGUGUCGUGUUUGCUUGUUUUGUUGUAUGACAGCUGAAGAUUGUUGCACCGAAGGUGGGAUUUCUCCUCAGAAAUUUAUCUUUUUAUUUUACUAUUUAGGCACAGUUUAGUCCACAAGGAUGGCUUCUCGUAAAAAGGUGCUCCUGAAGGUGAUCAUUCUUGGGGAUUCUGGUGUUGGGAAGACCUCUUUGAUGAACCAAUAUGUCAAUAAGAAGUUCAGCAAUCAAUAUAAAGCCACUAUCGGUGCAGAUUUUCUUACCAAGGAGGUGAUGGUGGAUGACAGGCUGGUGACAAUGCAGAUCUGGGACACGGCAGGACAAGAGCGCUUCCAGUCGUUGGGUGUGGCUUUUUACCGUGGAGCGGACUGCUGCGUGCUGGUGUACGACGUCACAGCGCCCAACACCUUCAAAACCCUGGACAGCUGGAGGGACGAGUUUCUCAUUCAGGCCAGCCCACGAGACCCGGAGAACUUCCCCUUUGUAGUGCUCGGCAACAAAAUCGACUUGGAGAACAGACAGGUGACAACGAAACGAGCCCAGGCGUGGUGUCAGAGCAAAAGCAAUAUCCCAUACUUCGAGACCAGCGCAAAAGAGGCCAUCAACGUGGACCAAGCUUUCCAAACGAUCGCUCGCAACGCCCUCAAACAGGAGUCUGAGGUGGAGACAUACGACUUCCCAGACCAGAUUAAACUGAGAGAUGACAGACCUGUGUCCUCUGGUGACAGCUGCAGCUGCUGAGAUGGGACGCGAGGAGACGAGAGGAGCAGAGACGCAGGGGGAAAGCCAGCGCGGGGGCGGACCGAUCCCGAUAGUGCAAAGCAUUCAGAAGAAAACACUUUUUUUUCCAAACUUGUAUGUAAAGAACUGUUAGGAAUUUAAAGAAGCUCCCUGCCACAUUAUCAGUUUUAAUAUAACUACAUUUAAGGAUAUUAUUUCUAUGAGAAAGAAAUGAUAGUUAUUCUAUUAUUUACAAGUGAUUUAUUUUUUUUUGUUCUUUUUGCAUUGUCUUCUAUAGUGUAUUCUUUCAUCCAUGCAGAAUAUAGUCUUUUAGACUCGUCUCCUGCUUGUAUGUCCGUGCCUUUUUUUUUUUUUAGGAUGUAGAAGCUGUCACACUUCCUUUAUAAUUCCUUAUUUUUUGCCAAAUUCUUUAACAUUAACCUUUAUUGAUUAUUUAACUAAAUCUGCACUGCAUAAAUAGCCCAACAUGUCAUGAUAUCUAAAUCUUGAGCAUGAUUUAAGAGUUUAUCAGCUGCCAAGACCAGAAAGAAAAAAAGGUUUGUGCCUAGAGAAACUCACACACACGAUUCCUUCUUCAGUAUAGGAGGCUGAAUAGCUUUGGUGGUGGUGUCGAAUGAAAAUCUUUGGGGAUCUGGGAGCUCACAAAGUAUUAAGUGCAAUCAUUUUAACCCUGCAACAUGUUUCUUUCUCUUGACUGAAAGCGUUUCCCCAGUUAUAGUGUAUGAAUGUAACAAAUUAAUGAUUAAUUCCUGUCUCCUGCAAACAUGUUUUGAUCUCAUGCUUGGUUUACAUUUCAAUGUUCAUACAUUUUUAAUAGGCUCAUCUCAUUGAGCAAAUUAUGGGUAUGAAUCAUGUAGGUCAAUAAAGGCACAAAAUGUAAGAUGAAAUCAGAGAGUUCUGACAAACCCGUGAAUCCAUGUGAUUUUUUUUUUUUUUUUUAACGUCUUUAUUUCGAUCAACCAGUAUUGUAGAUGAUUGUUUGAAAACUCCAAGUGAUGUCUACCAAUAGAAACCAAGAUCUGUCCCUCUUUUAUAAAACAAUGACCUUUCCUUGACCACUUAAAUCAUCUCUCAGUAUUGUUUUCUCAACAGUGCUCCAAUAAUAAAUCUUUAUUCAAAUGACGAAA